CAGUGCUCCACUUUUUCUUUCUCUGUGGCUGGUGUCAGUGUACUCAAAAGGCUGGCUGUCAGAUCUGUCGGCUAAGCGGCUCAAAUUAAAUAAUUUUGUUGUUAACCUCAAUUUUUUAAAGUGUCAAAUUUGGUAUUUUGUUUAUUUUUCAUAUAACUGUUGUGAGAAAUGUUCCUUGCGGCACACAGAUACUUAUUGCAUUUCUAAGAGUGGUGAAGAUUUGGAAACUGAUCCUCGAGUUAACAGUCAGUUAUCUUCAAGUGAUGAAUCUGGUGGUCUAGAGUCUUUUGCUGAAAGAUUGAAGGAGAAGUGGCAAAGUGAAGGAGAAUCAGACAGUUAUUGCCAAAGUAAAGAACAAUCUGACAAUAUGAAACUGAAAACUUCUUUAGGGUUAGAUUCCUCUGGAGAAAGUGACACUGGUUUUGAACCACUAAGAGACGAAAAGGACAAAGAACUUAAAAAGAAACAUAAAUACAACAGAGAGAAUAGUUCCAAGGAUAAAAAACUCAAACGUAAUGAAGAAAAGGGAAACCGGAUAGGAGGAAGCAAUGUGGAGAAGAAAAAGACUGAAGAAAGUAAGAAAGGUAACAGGAGUAAGAUUGAUAUUGGGAAAGAUACGAGUAAAAAAAUUACCUUUGAUGAAAGCGAUGAGGAAAAAGUUGAACCCACUUUAGAAAACAACACCAAAAAGGUAGAGGAAGAAAUGGACUGUGAUAAUAUUGGAAGUAGUUCUGAUGAAAAUCUCAAAGGAAAUGGUAUUAAAUUAGAAAAAGAACCUGAUGUGGGAAAUUCAAAUAUUGAUAACGAAAAUAUUGAUACAGAAAAUGCUUCUAAAGAAUAUAAACAAUUACGUAAAAGAGAGCUUAACAAACCUGGUCUUGACUCGUCAGUUGAAGAGAGUGACAUCAAAAUUGAAAGAGAGGAUGAAGUUGAAAAUGAGUCAAAUGAUGAAAAAAUUAAAAACAAAACAAACUCUAAGGGCAAGGAAAAGAAAUUAAAAACUGCAUCUGUCCGAAACCAAAGACGCUCAAAAAAAUCUAAUCUGUUGGAUUCGAGUGAUGAAGAUGAUGAGCCUAGUCAUGAGAAGGAGACAAAUUUACAACAUAUUCUAAGGUAAUCUUUAUCAAAUAUUAG